UGGAACCCAACCAGACAAUGUCUAGAGGAAUCUUCUGCCUCAUUGGAAGAGGCUAUAAAUAUUCUUGUGUGUUUUCGUCUGGGUUAGCUGCAACAACCACCAUAUCACAUUUGCUGAAGGUUGGUGACCACAUCAUCUGCGUAAAUGAUGUCUACGGAGGAACGAACCGCUACUUCCAGCGUGUAGCAGUGCAUAACGGUAUCAGCGUGAGCUUUGUCGAUGCCUCCACCUGCCCCACGAACGUUGUGAAGGCCAUCAAGCCGAACACAAAGAUGGUGUGGAUCGAGACGCCGACGAACCCGACUCUGAUGAUGGUCGACAUCCGCGAGACGGCCAACCUGCUGAAGGACCACCCCGGCGUCAUUCUCGUCGUCGACAACACGUUCAUGACGCCCUACUUCCAGCGCCCCCUGAUGUUCGGCGCCGACAUCGUGCUGCAUUCCGUGUCCAAGUACCUGAACGGUCACAGUGAUGUCAUCAUGGGAGCCGUUUGUUUGAACGAUGAAUCGCUGUACGAGCGUCUGGUGUUCCUGCAGAAUUCGAUUGGGGCCGUGCCAUCACCAUUUGACUGCUACCUAGUGAACAGGGGAGUGAAGACACUGGCCGUACGCAUGGAACAACACAUGAAGAAUGGCCUAGCCGUGGCCAAGUAUCUGGAAGCCAACCCCAGAGUUGUGAAAGUCAUGCAUCCAGGCCUGCCCUCCCAUCCUCAGUAUGAACUAGGAAAGCGUCAGUGCAGGGGCUACAGCGGAAUGGUUUCCUUCUACAUCAAAGGCGCCUUACAGGAAGCUAAAACAUUUCUCAGCGAGCUAAAGCUGAUCACGUUGGCAGAGAGCCUGGGAGGCUAUGAAAGCUUGGCAGAGCAUCCUGGUCUGAUGACGCACGCGUCAGUGCCGGAGGAGGAUAGAGUGAAGCUGGGAAUCUCCGACACACUCAUCCGCCUCUCCAUCGGCAUCGAGGACAUCGAAGAUCUCAUCGAGGACGUCGAACACGCGCUUGUUGCCGCCAUACCAAGUCUUUAGGCAGCAUGUGGACAUCUGUGAUGUAAUCAAUCAUGUGUUUGCUACACUGUGCUUACAACAUUGGACCUACGGUCUGUGACCAGGGAGGAUACUUUCUAAUUGGGGUGAUGCACAUUUUAAGCACGAUUGUAUAAAAUUUUCUUGUUGCAAUGUGAUACUGUAAUGUAUAACAUUGAUGCUUCUUGUGCCUUUGAUUCAAGCUGAACCGAAAGAACAAAAUAUGUGCACAUGCAAAAUGAAACCGAUUUGUGUGUUCGUGGGCAUAGCUGUCGUGUCAUAAUUGGACUUAAUGCUUAUAAUUAUAGGAACAUUUUCUUUAAUUGCAAAUUGUAUCAGUGCACAAAGGGUGAAUAUUUGGGCUAGUUUUCAGCUUGUGCAGUGAUGAAUUUUAUAAUUUUGUGAUCCAUUUACGUUUGUUGUUGUUAGUGAAUGUAAUCACUUCUGGAUUUUAUUCAUGGGUUUAUGGGCACUAUUGCAGAGUUUGUUCAGGAUGUUCAGAGCUGUGUGAUUAUUGGACCGAUUACAGCAACGUUUUUACAAUCAAA